AUGCAACGAAGAAAUGAUGGAAGAUAUAACAGAAAUGACUAUAAUCGACAGAAUAAGACAUGUUUAGAUUGGAUCAAUGGAAUAUGCACUAGAACUAAUUGUAAGUUCUUUCAUCCUGAGACACAUCCAUAUUAUAUUUAUGCGUCUAAAACAAAUGACAUUCAUCCAGAUGAAUUACGUAUUGGAUGCAUGUAUAACAAUCUACAGGAACAGGCUGAUGCUAUUUGGGUUGAUAAUUACAUUCAGCUCAUUACAGAAUACAAGAACAGCAGCAAUUUCACAAUUCCAAGUUAUAGAUCAUUCUGUAUUCCUUUUGAUAGCAACAAAGUGUAUGGGGAAAUAAAACAGUUCCAGAGUGAUAUUAGAGGCAACUAUAAAAGAGAUAAUAGAAGUAAUAGGAAUGAUUUCAGUAGAAACAAUUAUAGCAGUCAUGGUUAUCAAGGUGAUCAGAAUUAUCAGAGAAAUCAAAAUGGGCAGAGUAGUCAGAAUAGUCAGUUAGUCAGAGAAAUAACAAUAAUUAUUCACCAAAUACUGGUAACAACUACCGAAACAAUUACAGGAACAAUUCAAGUGAUUUUCCAACUAAUCAGAGACAGACAAAUCAUUCAAGAACCAAUGAUUCUGCUGAAUAUGAGGAAUAUAGAGUGCCAUAUGAAUAAUCAAUCAAUAUAA